AUGUGGCUAUGGACGGAACGAGAUUUGGCGCUGUACGCGGUGGUGGGACUUUUCCUUCUGGAGGUCUAUGUUGGCACACAGUAUUUUGCCUGGUCGCCAGUUUGCCUCCUCUAUCCCAUCCUUUCAAGCUCUUCAGGCUCCCGCAAGGCGCAAGAGCUCCAAGACGAGCUGGUGAUGAUCUUCGCGCCGGAGUAUCGCUUCUGGCGUCGUGUAAAUAUUCCCGUGUCCAUCCAGGUUUUGGUGUGCCACAACAUGUCGAUUUAUCUUCUGAUCGUCCUGGCCUUUUCGCCGGGCGGAAGGGAUUUGUACGUGGGGAAGGUUCCGUGUUGGCAAACCUAUGUUUGGGCCUUACUGCUCUUGGUCUUUUCAAUCCUGGGCAUGAUUGGCACCAACUUGGUUUGGGCGUGUGGAUCGAUCCGAAUGAGUUUGAAGCGGAAGGUCUUCUUGAUGAUUUGCCAAUCCAUUGCGAAUCAGGGGUCGAUCUUUCGCUGGAGCCGCGAUCAACGAUGUCAUUUGAAAAACAAAGGUACAGAUGCCGAUCCCUAUGACCCCAAUCGUGGCUUUCUUUAUCGAUACAUUGGCUGGUUCUUGAUGCACAAGACGCCCAAGAUGAUCGAGGCCACACGCUCGGUGGAUGUCUCGGAUCUCCUUUCAGAUCAGGUGGUCAUGUUCCAAGCAGAUGUUGAUUCCUGGUGGAACCUCUCCCUGGGUCACGCCAUCCCUGCUUUCGUCACCUUGCUGUGGGGCGAGGAGCUCUUCCUCGGCUGGAUCAUUGCCGGAUGCUUCAGGUCAGUAUUGGCUUUACAUAUCAACCUGACCUUGCUUCGGCUCCAAAACUUAUGGGCCCCACAGACCGUGACCUUCACGGGCGCAGACUCCUCGGAGGAAGAGGAGGCUCAGGAGGGCCGCAGCAGUGCACGCCAGGGCGCACAGGCGGAGCAGAGCCGCCGCCAGGGCGCCGCGCACCAGCCGGCGAUCUUGCGCUCGGCUUCCAUUGCCGAUGCCCAAAAGCUCAUAGAAGAGUCCAAGGACGUUUAUCCCAACAUCGGGCGUGGCGUGGGGGAUGGACAUGAGGGUCCGGUUCCCCUCCCGGACAGCUCGGGCAGCGCCGAUGAUGGCGGGGGAGUCUUCGUGAAGUACAAGGUGAAUGAGACCAGCGGAGGUGACUCCUCGGUGGAGGUGCGGCUGGAGCCGCUGUGGCGCCGCAGCACACUGGUGGAUUUAGCGAAGGAUGCCGUCGCUGACAUCCUGCAGGUGCCUGCGGUCAACGUGAAGCCCGACCGGCCCCUGAUGGAUUUGGGUUUCGACUCAGCUGGCGCCCUCCGGUUGCGGAACAAGCUCGCCAGGCGCUUGAAAAUUGAGCUUCCUCCCACGCUGCUCUUCGAUCAUCCCACCAUCAAUGACAUGGUGGAUAACGGCCUGGCUCUCCUCUCCAAGCGCCCGAUGACCCCCGUGGGCGACAACCUUCCCAUCACGGGCGCGGCCCAUCCUGCGCCGGCAGCACAGCACGUGAUGGUUUCAACAUCCUGUCACUUGCCUGGUGGUGCAGAUAGCUUGAAAGGCUAUUGGUCCUUGCUGGCGGAGAAGCGCGAUGCAGUGGUGGAAGUGCCCUUGGCUCGCUGGGAUCAUGAGCUUUACUAUUCUAAAGAGCCUCAGAAGGGCAAGACCUAUGCUCGGCACGGCGGCUUCGUGGAGGGCACCGACCUCUUCGACGUGAGCUACUUCAACUUGGGCACUGCCGAGGCCAAAACCACAGAUCCGCAGCAGCGGAUGCUGCUCACCGCUGCCUAUGAUGCUCUGCAUGGGGAUGGGUAUGACAAAGCACUGCUGCAGAACAACCCUUUGGGCGUCUUCACUGCUUUGAGCAACCUGGACUGGUACCAGCUGGUGGUGCCUGACGCUGGCGUCUACACGGGCCCCGGGGUCUCCAGUGCAAUCGCCGCCAACCGCAUCAGCUGCGCGGCGUGA